AUGCUAAUUCUUUCUCUUCUUUUUCUUCUGUUUCCCUUGCCCUUCUCCUUCUUUUACUCGAUUUACCCCUUCCUAGUUUUUCUCUUUAGUAUUUCUCCUUCAUCUCUCUCACUCUCUUUCUUUCUUCCUCCUUUUCCUCUACUUCCUCUUUGUUCUGCAUCAUUGUCAUCCAUCUUUUCCUCUUCUUCCUUUUUUUCAGUAUCAUCUUCCUUCUUUCUCUCUUUUCGUCCUUCUCUUUCUUAUUCUACGUCUUUCCUUCAACUUCUUCAAUCUGUUUAUUCCACUAUUUCAUAUUAUUAUUGUCUUUUUAUUCUUCUUGUCCAAUUCUUCUUCUUCUUCUUCUUCUUCUUCUUCUUCUUCUUCUUCACACGUGUUUAUCUCUCUCUCUCUCUCUCUCUCUAUCUAUCUAUCUAUCUAUCUAUCUAUCUAUCUAUCUAUCUAUCUCAUUAUGAUCAUAUCUAUGUAUGUAUGUUAUUUUUAUAUCUAUCUAUCUAUCUAUCUAUCUAUCUAUCUAUCUAUCUAUCUAUCUAUCUCGUUAUGUUCAUAACUAUCUAUGCAUUUAUGUUAUAUUCAUAUCUAUCUCAUUAUGCUCCGAUCUAUCUAUCUAUCUAUCUAUCUAUCAUAUUAUGUUCAUAUCUAUGUAUUUAUGUUAUUAUUUUUAUAUCUAUCUAUCUAUCUAUCUAUCUAUCUAUCUAUCUAUCUAUCUAUCUAUCUCAUUAUGUUCAUAACUAUCUAUGCAUUAAUAUUAUUUUCAUAUCUAUCUCAUUAUGCUUCGAUCUAUCUAUCUAUCUAGCUAGCUAG